AUGAGAGAGCUCACUGCUGAUGUUUGGGAGAGGAACAUUCCAGUUAGAAGAACAGCCAGCACUAAGGCACUUGGUGGGGAGGGUGUGCCCAGCAUAUUCACAAACUGCAGGGAGACCGGGGAGACCCGAGUACAGCUGGCAGUAGUGAGAGGAGAAGUCAAAGGAGUACUGGAGGAAGGAGUGGUUCUGGUAGACCAUGGACAAACUCUCCACUCAACAAGCAACACUAUGUGUGGCAGCUACUACGGAAAYUAUUAUGGUGGCCGUGGCUAUGGAUGCURUGGCUAUGGAGGCUAUGGUUACGGAGGCAUGGGCUAUGGCAAUGGAGGCUGUGGCUAUGGAGGCCYGGGCUUUGGCUAUGGCUGUGGCGUCCGAAGACUGGGCUGUGGCUAUGGCUGUGGCUAUGGAUACGGCUCCCGCUCCCUCUGUGGCUGUGGUUAUGGAUGUGGCUCUGGCUAUGGCUCUGGCUUUGGAUACUACUAA